AUGACCACCAUCGCCAACCCUCUCAAAUUCCGCCUCAUCUUCAACGCCCCUCCCUCCGCCGUCGCGGCCUGCAAAGCAGCCAUCUUCGCUGCCGGCGCAGGCAAAUACCCAGGUCCAGGUGACUAUACCGAGUGCUGCUGGACAGCGAUGGGGACUGGUCAGUUUCGCCCCGGGGACGCCGCAAACCCUCACCUUGGCAAAGUCGGGCAACUAGAAGAGACGCCCGAGGUGCGGGUGGAAACGAUCUGUGUGGGUGAGGAUAUUGCUAGGAAGGCGGUUGAUGCUUUGAAAAAGGCUCAUCCGUAUGAAGAGCCAUCAUAUAGUGUGCUUAGGAUGGAGGACUUCUAA